GCGGAAUUCAAGGCGGUAUAACAAACAUUCGGGCCUGCACCUGCGUAGAAAGUUUGCACAAUCAAAACGCGUUUUAAUUUAGAAUAUCCCAGCAGCGCAAGAUGUCGAUUCUAGAAUUCAAGAAUCCUUACCAAGGUUUAUCACCAACAAAAGUAUCGCUCCUCCACAACUCCACAUUGGAUGCUACAGCCCUUGCCAAUAUUGGCUUCUUCAGCACUGUAGACAGAGAAUCGACUCACAUUCUACUCACGGACUCCAACGUUGCCGCUUCCAUGCUCGGUGAAUUGAAAGAGCUUUUCAACAAUCUCCGUAUCAAGAUUCAUCCAAUUAUCGUUGCUCCCGGUGAACCGUCCAAAACGAUUCAAGCAUACAACUAUGUGCUUGACAGCUGCGCAGAUAUAGGCAUCACCAAAGAAUCAACAGUCAUCGGUAUCGGUGGAGGGGUGAUCAAAGACCUUUCUGGAUUUCUUGCAUCAACAUUAUUACGUGGACUCAACCUUGUCCUAAUUCCAACCACGGUGCUUGCCCAGGUAGACGCCGCCAUCGACUGGAGACAUUCUCUGAACCUUCCCCAUGGGAAGAACCUCAUCGGAAGCAUUCUCGCACCUGCUGAGAUUUUGAUCAACGCGGGCUUUCUAAAAUUGCUCAACGACCGCUGGGUCAGAGAUGGCCUCGCCGAGUCUAUCAAGAUAGCUCUAUGCCAGAGCCCUGACUUCCUGACUCUUCUCAGCCAAGCGAACCCAUCUGACUUCACGUGGCUUUGUCGCGUUAUCGACAUAUCCGUCUCUGAGAAGGUCGUAGCCAUGAAUCGUGACUCGGCACCUGACCAAGCGAUGCUGGUUUACGGCCACGCCAUAGGACACGCGAUCGAGCAUCUUUCAGAGGGAGAAUUAGGUCAUGGGGAAGCGAUUUCCAUCGGCAUGUCUGUCACUGCCGAACUCAGCUUUCUUGCUGGAUUAUCAGAUGAACUCACCUUGAAGGCGCAUUACGACGUCUUCACGAGGUUUGGCCUGCCGACAAUCGUUCCUGAUAAGUACGAUCUGGAUCAUAUAUGGUCCAUCAUUCGUGCUGACAAGCGCUUCCGCGGAGAUAAGAUGUGGGCUCCCUCGGUGAAGACUGUGGGGACUCUUGUGGUGGAUAAUGCCGGGAAGUGUUUCUUGCCAUUUGGAGAAGAAAUAGUGUUACGUGCGCUUGAGCUGAAUAAAUCUCACGGCAAGACAACUCGUAGAUUAGCACAGGAUUAAUAAGAACGCGUCUGUACAAACGCGAGUACUUUGUUUAGUCGUUCAGUCGUAGAUAGUGACGUAUGGUGUCCUGCUGAUAGCUUGGUCCACUGCUGCCGUCGUUACGACUACAAGUGAAUUUAACUUAUAUCUUGU